CAUUCUAGGACUACUAUGCAUCUCUGGCUGGCUAAAAUGUGAAGAUGAGUACGAGAUGUUGCGAGAUAGCCUACGAGAUGUUCUUCGUAGUUCUAAUCGCUGUGAUAUUAUGGCUACUUGUAUACUGUAUGAUUCUAAUACAGCGCUGCUCCGUGGACAAGAGAUACAUUAGUGUUUCAGAAAUUCCGACAAACAGAAAGAAUUCACAACGGGAUAUCGAAAAGGCUGCUUUCGCCAACAUACUGUGAUGUUUUGGUACACUCGUACUACUUUCUUUGUAAAAUAUGCGGG